CUUGUGACCGGCCCCGGCGCCUUGGGGGGUGGGCAGUGCAGGAUGGGCGGGCCCCACCGGCGGCCCUUCACCAAUGCCAAGCGGGCAGGGCGGGGCCGGCUUGCUUCCUUCGAGCUGGGCUAGCUGUCCGCGUUAGCAGUAGCCCGCCGCCGCCGCCGCCGCCGCCGCUGACGUCUCUUCUGCUGGGCUCGAUCGCCCCAGCCGGGUGUGAGAGUGGGCAGAGCGGACUGGGAGGAGAGGACAGGACCUGAGCCAAUCCAGUCUGCGACCCUUUCCUUCCACCUUGAGAGCUUGGAGGAUCCAGCCCAUCACCGCCUCUGAGCACUGAUCCAGCACCUCAACUGCCUCUCCCAAUUCAAAUGGAAGAGAGAUAGAGUUGGGUGUCAUCUGUAUAUUAAUGACAUCUCACUUCAAAUCUCCUGAUGACAGCUCCCAGUGGCUUCAUGUAGAUGUUCAAUAGCAUGGGAGACGAUGGAACCCUGCAGAACACCACAUUAUAAUUUCCAUGGUGCUGAACAGUAGCUUUCCAUAAAUGCUUUUUGGAAAUGGCCCUGGAGGUAUGAGCAGAACCACUGAAACACAGUGCCCCCAACCCCCAUCUCCCUAAGAUGCUCCAGAAGGAUGCCGUGGUCAACAAUAUCAAGAGCCGCCAAGUUAUCAAGGAGAAUGAGCAGGGUCGCAUUCCCUCUCUCUCUCUCCCGAUGGAUGUCAUCAAGCAGGCACAAUGGCUGACAACACAAGUAAGCUCACCAAGCAUGUGAACAAAACUCCUCCAAAGUCUCCUGCAGAUCCUGCAAAAGAAAAAGCAGCCAAAAGGUUAUCCUGUGAAUCAAACAGCUCCCAUGAUGGGGCUUCUGGGCCAGAGUUAAGUGCUCUCGAAGAGGCUUUCAGAAAAUUUGCCAUCCAUGGAGAUACAAGAGCUACAGGGAAAGAGAUGCAUGGGAAAAACUGGUCCAAGUUGUGCAAGGACUGCCAUGUGAUUGACAGCAAGAAUGUGACCCUCACCGAUGUUGACAUCGUCUUCAGCAAAAUCAAGGGGAAAUCCAGGACAGUUACCUUUGACCAGUUUAAGGAAGCACUUCAGGAACUCUCCAAGAAACGGUUCAAAGAUAAGAGCAACGAGGAAGCAGUGCAAGAAAUGUAUAAGCUAAUUGAAGGGAAAACACCAGUCAUAUCUGGAGUCACGAAAGCCAUUUCAUCUCCGACAGUCUCACGGCUUACAGAUACAACACGUUUCACUGGUUCCCACAAAGAGAGAUUUGAUCCAACUGGGAAAGGGAAAGGGAAAGCAGGACGCGAAGAUCUGGUUGACACAUCUGGCUACGUAUCUGGAUAUAAGCACGCUGGCACAUAUGAUCAGAAAGUGCAAGGGAGCAAAUAAUCCUGAAGAUUCAGAGAGAGGAUGUACCUGUGAGGGGUGAGCAAGAUGAGCCUCACCUGCUUUCAAGUUCUGCAAAUGCCAAAAAGACUAUGUUGGCAAGCUGUGUUUGUAGGAUUGGAACCAGUUUCGACAUCUACUGAGACUCUUGCAGUGAAGCACCACUUCAUUACAUUCCUCAUACUUUAUGGCAGUGAAAAGGAAGCAGCCGUGUUCUGAGUUUUUAAGCAAGAAACCACAUCCAAGGGCUCUCUCACCACACCUCAUCCAUAUUGGUAGCAGAUUGCAAACAUUCCUAUAUGGCUAGUUCUCUAUCUUGCUCUGCUGGCUUUUUCUUCUAGAAUGGAAGCUUUUCAGUAAGAGCUACAUGUGCUGGUAGCUUUGCUAAGAAGAAUCCGGUUGCUCAAUUUGACUUAUUUAUUAUUGAACAAUGUCUUAAUAGGGAACAGACGCCCCUCAGACAUGAAAAUUCAGCCUUUAACUAGAUGGAAUUAAAUAGCUGUGGACUUUUCUUCUUUUUGCAAAGGUGCUAUCCUGUAAAAGCCAAUACAUUUAUUCCACCCCAUUUGUGAACAACAGCAGCGACAUUUUUUUUUAAAAAAAGUUUUUCUCCAUUAGUAGGAAACUGAGGUCCCAAUUGUCUGUGUUCUCAAAGAGAAGGGACAUUACAGACCUUACACUUACCCCUCAAAUCUGUUUUUUUGCAAAUGAUUUGUCAUUGAAGUUAUGACUUAGUAUUUGUAGACGAUUGCAUCAACUAUGAUGGAUAGCAGUUCCCUGGCCCCUGAUUUAUUUGAAAUAUUACCAGUUGAAAUCAUCUGCUCCAUUUGGAUCAUUCUCUUGAACAACGUUUGAAUAAUAUUGGUUAAAUGGUUCCUUUAAAAAGGAACUCUGUUGUUUUCUUGUUCACUCAGUGUAAAGCAGACAUAAUUUCCUGGUGGACAACAAAGUUAGAAAAGAUUAAAUAUAGGUUCAUUGUUUUUGAAAUUAUGUAAUAAUCUAUCAUGUUCCAGUGAGCCAAAGUCAAAAUAGUGCUUAAAUGUUGCUUCUUUUAAGGGAGAAAAAGAAUAUAGUUAACUUAUAUUGCCUAAAAAAGGGCAACAUACCUAAUGUAUUUAUUUAUUCAAAAGAUUUCUAUGGAUGUAUGCUGAGGACUAACUGCCUCGUUCAUAAGGUGAUCUUUAUACUUCCUGUGUUUCUUAUUGAGUAAAUACCACACUGUAUUGAACUUAUAAUCCAGUAAAAUAAUGGCUGUGAUCUUUACAUGGAAAUUUGCCAGUAGCUGAGUGCUCAGCCUUGUUUUCCAUGGAAUACAGUUCAGCAGUAACUCCUCUUUAGAAAAAUAGAGAUUCGUUAACUUCACUGCCAUUUUUAAUAACUAUCUCUUUGACAGGCCUAAUAUACACUAAAGAGUUGGCUGUACUGAUUUGCUUACAGUAACUCCAACUGUUUCUUCACAUAGGGCCAAAGCCUUGCUGUUGGCCCUUGUCCAAACACAGGCCAUCUGCCAUUUCUGUUUUUUUUAAAUCCUAAUUGUUAAGGAAGGUGUUUCUUAUAACUUUCAGCCAUGGAUUCUUCAGUCUGCACUAUGAAUAUAAAUCCAAAAUAAUAAUGUUGUUACUGCAUUUAUAUGUCUAAAAACAUUGGUUUUUGAAAUGUCAGGAUUGAGAAGGAUGUGUAUAGAAUGUAGGGCAUGAUUUUGCAGAAUUGGGGUUUUAGUGGUCACCAGAAAGGUUCUUUGAGCUGUGCCAAGACUAUUGGUGUUGAAAUAUUGAUGCUGUCAAUAUCUGCCCAUCUGCUUUUUUGGAAAAAAACCAGUUCCUGGAGAGGCAAGUAUUUCCCGCAACCAGUUUGCCAACUACAUGUCAACAGUAUUGGUAAUAGCACUGUUGUUUGCUUCGACUGAAUAAUGAGCACUGAGUUCUUUAAUACAUCCACUCUGGAAAUUGUGUGAAGCUUAAAGUGUAGCUAGGCUUAUAGGUAACCUCAUAUUAUUACACAGAACCUCAUUGUACUGAACAGUAAGAAAUCAAUUAUGUCCUCCAUCCACAGCUAAUUCACACAGUGACUGUGAAAGAUCCCACUGUUGCUAUAUGAGCAGAUAAGCACAUCAGAAAGACAGCUGAAGCAGGGUUUGUUGCUCAAAUCUUGCAUGUGUACUUUGCUGCUUGGGGAACCUCGUUGGUCUGAAAACCUAGCAGCUAUUUGCUCACAUGAAUUGUCUGUGAACAUUGAUUUCUCAUUGUAGGGAGGAGUUUAAUGUCACAAGAGUGUUAUUAUUGUCACCAUGUUGUCUAAGCCUUAUUUUGAUAGAAACUUUUUGAAACACCAAAGUCUACUGCAGAAUUCUCAACAAUGGAUUUAAGAGCAGGCUCUAUGAAUCAGGUGACCUUUUAGAGUCUGUGAAAGCUACUUUAAUCCCCUUUUAAAAUGAAUGAUCUGUGGUCAUCUGUAUUAUUUUAAAAUAAAAAGAAAGGCUACCUCUUCUCACCUCCUAAUCUCUCUUUCCUGCCCCAUCCCCAGUUCUGCCCUCUGAAACUGUUGGCCUUCGCUAACCCUAACAUUCGGUUGUCUGUGUCAUUGGAGACAGCUGUGCUGCUGGAGGAGGAGGCUGCCUUAGAAGAAACUGGGGGCUGGCUAUAGAUGCAUCAGACCAUGAAAAUGAAAUGGACUGCCUUCAAGUCGAUCCCGACUUAUGGCGACCCUAUGAAUAGGGUGUUCAUGGUAAGCGGUAUUCAGAGGGGGUUUACCAUUGCCUCCCUCUGAGGCUAGUCCUCCCCAGCUGGCUAGGGCCUGCUCAGCUUGCCACAGCUGCACAAGCCAGCCCCUUUCUUGUCCGCAACUGCCAGCUGGGGGGCAAGUGGGCUCCUUGGGACUAUGCAGCUUGCCCACGGCUGCACAGGUGGCAGGGCACGUAACCCCUGAGCCACUCCCUGUGGGUGUGAUCUUUAGCUGGCCCUUGACAGCCAGGAUUUGAACUCACAGACUCUGGACUCCCAGCCAGGCUGUCCUCCCCACUGUGCUAUACCAGCUGUAGGCGUCAGAUCAUAGCUUAUGAAAUAUAGUAGGACAGCACAAUCGUAUACAUAUCUACUCAGACGUAAGUCCCAUUGAGUUCACUGGAUUUUACUCCCAGGUAAAUGUGUUUAGGAUUGCAGUUUGCAUGCCAGCCCUGUACUUGGAAUAUUCUGCUAUUCCCCUCCCUGUAUAUUCCUUGUCAAUAACUUCUGUCCUUUAAAUAUUUCUUUAAGUGCAAAACAUAUUGUAAAUAUGCAGUGAUGCCUGUCUUUGUUAUCUCUGUUUUCCAUUACGGUAUAUUUUUACUGGGCCCUUUGAACUCUUAUUAAGAGAAGAAAUGUGAAACAGUUCUUCAAAUGUGAAACUGAUAGAGAUCUGUAGAUUUUUAAAAACCUAUUUUACAACAGUAGUAUGUUUACAACUUUUUUGCUGAUUGAAUAAAUCACAUCAAGCACACAGUGUUCUCUGCUGUGUGUAACUCGCUCCAGGUAUUUCUUUGCCCCUCCUUUUUUUUUUACACAAGCAGCUUUAUAUAGUAUCACCAGCAUGUACUGGGAUUUGUGGGCUGAAUCUGGCUCCCCCCCCAACACACCCACCCUUUGUGUUUAGUUGACUUCUGAAACAAGUCUAGAAUAGGGUAAUUUAUAACCAUUUGCUCUAUUUGGUCUGCCAAACCACUGCAUAACAAAUCACCCAGAAGAGUGCACUCAGGGAAGAGCAGGGGGGGCAGUUUAAGAGGGAAAGCCUUUGCAGGCUGGAGUUGCCUUACCCUGGCUUAAACAUAUAUGAAGUCAGUCUAGUUCAUAACUAUCUACUUCGACCAAUGGCAGCUUUCUAAGGUCUCAGGUAGAAAGUGGUCUUUUCAACCCUUCCCCCAAGAUCCUUUUAAAUGGAGAAGCCAAAAAAUGAACCUAUGUCCUUACAUGUGCAAAAGAGGUGAUCUACUGCCCAUGAGAUCAUGUCACAAAUGGCAUUGACGUCUCCCAAACAUAAAAUUAUUCUUCCUGUACUCCUCUCUUUCCCUAGGCAGCAGCAUUUUAUACUCUCUAGCUUCAUCCCUCAACAUAUUUUUAAAUGGUAAUUCUGAAAUUUAUUUUGUGGGAUAUUGUUAUGGAAUAAACUUUCAACUCUUUGUGCCUGAGUGUACACUACAUUGUGUCUUGUUUCAAAUCUACCUAUGCCUUAUGGUGAUGUAUGUGCAGCUGCAAAGGACAUUUGUGGGUCUCGUGUUUAUAACCAUGUACAGAUACGUUCUGACUCUGUUGGGAUAGAAGCAACUGUCUUGAACUUCAUAAAAAGGAGAAACAUGUAUAAGCAGUAAUUGUUUCUCUCAAAUUAUACAUGUUCUCUAGAACAAGUUAACCAAAUAGCCACUCCUUUUUUGUGUUUGGUUUUUAUUUUAUUUGGUUUUUUGUACUUUGUAUGCUCAUUGUUAGUUACCAAGUCACAACAGCCAAGAUUUCCCUGUGUAUGCAAUUAGUGCUGUUUGUGUGUGGCUGCUAAUGGAAAACCAUACCUAGACUACCUAAAAAAUCAUAGUCGCAUCCAGUUGACCUGCCAUGGCUCUGGCCUUCCUUAGUUCACCAUUUGUUUAAAGGAUGGCAGUCCAUCCAAGUGUAGUGCUCUCUGUGCUGCUUUAUACUGGCAUUGCUAAUGCACUGGAAGUCUGAAAGAACUGUACAGGAACCUCUCCUGCCUUUGUUUUCCGACUACUGUACUGUGGGCUGCUUAGGCAGUGGGAGGAAAAGAAUGUGAACCCAGAUGACUGAGGACUUGGCAACUCUCGCCUCAAGAUGAAUAGCUGUUUGAGAGAGGAUGAGCAAGAGUUCUGUGGUUUGCAUCUAUGAACUAAGUUCCACAUAUAGGGUUUUUCUCUCCUUCUCCCAAUGCAGCCCCACUGAAAAACUGCUUUGGAGGGCUAGGUAACCCUCCUGAACAGAAUGCAAAUGGGAGACUGGGGAUGGGGGGUUGGCAUAUAAACUUGUGGCUUCAACCAUUUCUGUGCCCUUUUUUGUUAGUCAGGUAGACAACUAUAGUAUCUAGUUGUUUUUUAACUGAUGCCAGCAUUUGUGGGAAAAGCUGUUACAUUUGUGCUUUCUGUCUAGAGCAGCCUUUCCCAACUAGUGGGCCACCAGGUGUUGUUGGACCACAGCUCCCAUCAGCCUCAGCCAGCAUUGCCAAUGGUCAGGAAAGAUGGGAAUUGUGCUCCAACACCUGGUGGCCCACUAGUUGGGAAAGGCUGGUCUAGACCCUCAUAACAGUAGUGCUCAGAAGAAAGUUCAACAGAGUUUAGAGUUUGGUCAAGCUCUCUCACAAAUAAACCUUUAAAUCAUGUUAUGUAGAUGAAACUUACGAUGGUGGUGGGAUCUAUGAAACCCAUCAUGUUUGCAUUAGCUGCCCUGAGUGUCCUAUUAUAGGGUAGAAGGGCGGGAUAGAAAUAUUAGCUUAACUGCUCAUUCAAGUCACCGUUUUUGUGUAUGUGUGAGACUAAGAGGCUCCAAUGAAUCCUACUGUAUAUUCAAGACAUUUAUUCAAAACGGCCAACAUGCAGGUUUCACUUAAGAAGCAGGAAUGGAUAUUCACAAUCUCCCUACUGUAGAUGGAAGGCUAUGCUAACACCAAUUAGUGGUCGUGAGAUUCAGGCUUUUCUCACAACCCAUCUAGAUGUCUGAUACCCUUGCAUUAGUUAGUAAGUCCCAGUCUUCUUACAGUGAAGACAGAGCUGUUCAUGAAAGACGGCAAAGUGUAUUUUGAUUGUCUCCUGUGAUAUAUACAGUUAGAGCUAGGGAAGCAGUAAUCCAAGAAGUAGGACAUAUUUUGCCUGAACAGAAAUUGCUUGCUCUGGCUAUUGCCUUCCUAGUGAACAAGGGACAGGGGAUAAGAGAAAUUGAUAGAACUAGGGAAAAUUAAGUAGUGAUUGUUUUUAAGAGGGCAAAUCGACGAGACCUGCUUGAUGUGUUGAGAAUAUGGGUUGAUUGGCAUAUAAUCUAGAUAUGCAGUUGUUUCACUACACAUCUAGUGAUACAGAUAUGGAGUUGUAUGGUAGAUGUGUGGUGAAACAAUCUGCCACUCUGCAGGGAUUACAUCUAUUUGGACAUGGGAAUAUGCUCAGAAUUAACUCCUUUAUCCUGACCUCCACUCCCUGACAGUAACACUCCUUGCAUGUAUUUUUCUGAGAGCAGUCACACAAUUGCUUAAAAAUUCUGUAUGUACCAUUUCCCUAUCCAUGGCUAGUCAGUCAGUUGUGGAAAAUUGUUCUGGUGAAGGGUUAGACUCGAAACUGGAGUGCAAGUUCUCUACUCCUUUGCUCCCAACCAGUGACAUACUCAAGUCUAUCCUGGAAUCCUGUCAGAUGGAAGCAUAUGCAUAGACAGGUUGUGUAUAAUAAACAGAACACACAAGUCAAGGCAUAUGACAAAAUGUCCAUUUAUUUGGCCUCAAGCUUGCAUUCUGUGAGCAUGAUCAGUGUGCAGAACAGACUUUGAUAUAGAGAAAGGGCAGAAAGGCUACUCUAGCAAUUGUUGCUACCUGCAGAAGGAUUCGUGGAUUAUGGCCAGUAUCUCAAAAAUUGUUGUGAAAUGUUGGGCACUUGAAAGAACUGGUUCUUGCUGCAUUCUUUUAAGGAAGCCCUGGUUACAAUGAAGUCUUUUAGUGCAAGUCAGAACUUAUUUGGAUAAAACUGAAUUUAAAAUGCACAAUAGUUAGAGUGGUGGUGACAGAAACUUCCCAGAGUCAUAAUACUCCUAAACUGGCAGUUAUUCUUUUUCAUUGUGGUCAGAUGCGUUUCUAUGCUUUCUUAAAGUGAAAAUUGAACUUGGGCGUAGUUGGUAAGUGGGGUAAAUGCAAACCAUAAAAUGUGGCUGUUGUUUUUUUCCUUUAUAUUGAAAAUAUUCCUGCUAAACAUCCACUGUUAAGAAUGCUAUUAAACUUUAGGUCAUUGGUGUGUGCAGGCCAUUUCACAACCAAAGGAUGUGAUUUAUAUCACUUGUGUCUAAGAGGUUUGGGCUGUCUGAGGCUGUAUACACAGCAUGCAGGCUUAAAACAUAUGACUUCCUCCGAAGAAUCCUAGGAACUGUAGUUUGUUAAGGGUACUUGGAAUUGUAGCUCUGUGAGGUGUGAACUAGAGUUCCCAGGGGGGAAGUCACUUUGUUGUGUAUGAUAGUGCAAUAGAAGCACUUUCCCAACAUGUAUGCCAGCUGCUGGCUACCUCCCCUGAGCCCCCCCCCUUUUGUUUUGGGGAGUUCCUCAACAACUUAUAAGGCAGCCUUCCCAACCUAGUACUCUCUAGAUUUUUUGGACUUCAACCCCCAUCAGCUCCAGACCGUAUAGAGCUUUAAAAGUUGUAGUCCACAUCUGGAGGAUCUAUUAUGACAGCUGAGCAACUCUGAAAGACACUCGAGUACAUCUAUACCCAUGUAUUCCUAUACAUGUCUACUCAAAAAUGUCCUACUGAGUUCAGUGGGUCUUACUCCUGAGUAAUGUCUGGUUGGGAGUAAGCACCAUGUAAUUCAGUUGGACUUACACCCAGGUAAGUGCCCAUAAAUUUGCAGCCCUAGUUAGUUGAACUUGAGUCUGAUUGAAGUAAAUUGGUCAAACUAGUCAUCAUUUAAAUGCAACAAACUUAGGCUGGAUCCAAAUCAUUCUCUUCCAAUAACCAUCUUUCUCCUGUAGUGUGCCUCCAUUCAUAAUGGCACUUGGUGUGUUUUGGGUCACAUUUGGUACAGUGGGGCCAACAAGAAUGGUGCCUCUCUCUUAGAAUAUGCCUGGGUAUCUUAUGCACUGAGCAUGGGUUCUGUGUCAGCUGAAUCACUGUAGAAAGGUGUUCCCUGAAGGUAGAAAGUGACAAAACGCCUGCUCUUCUGUGUGAAAUGGGGAGGGAGAUGUACAUCAGUUUGUGUUGAAAUAUAAAUGUUUCCACAGACUUUAAGCACAAGAGGAAAAUUAAAUUUAUACUGAAUACUAUUUUUUACUAAUACUCAUUGUGAUCAUGUUCGUUGCCUCGAUUUCUAUUUUGCACAUUUUGAGAUUGCUUCCGAAUUGUUUGCCUUUGGCUACCUAGCAAUACAACUGCAUUAUAUGGUGACAUUUGGUGGAGAGGGUGAACUGGUUCUUGUCUCCCUUGGAACACUUGCCAGCAUAAUAAAAGCUGAUGUGAAUUCCAUCCAUUUCUUUGUUCUCAUUGACAUGCCAUUCAUUAAAACCAGCAAGAGAAAGCUGUACAAGUUUGCGCACAAAUCUUAUUAAUAAAAUCUGGCUGCUCUGACACAAGUUAGUCAAACCUAGAAUAAAGGCACAUUUUUCUAGGAGUCACGUAACAAGAGGGGUGGUGUCUGAGUAAACCUGCAUAAAUUGAUACACUGGUGGCAGCCUCCCUUCCUUCAGGAACUUUCUUGGAGGUGCAAUUUUUGUCAGGACCAGUGUAUGGGAUGGCUUUGUCCCCCAUUCUAGCAGUCCCAAUCCUGAUUGGAGUUCCCCUAUAUUAAAGGACAUAUAUGUUAAAUACAAUCAAGCAUUUUAACAUAUUGUCUAGUUUGCCCUAAUGUUUGCCAUAUUAUGCCUGUUGCAUCCAUUGAGAUUCUAACAUUAUGAUAGCCCCAUGAAACAGCAGAAGCUGACCCAAAUUAAUCACAAAAAAGGAAGUAUUAGAUGUAACUUCAGGAAUAAUCCCUAAUUCCUGGGGAGGGCAGUUGAGGGGCCAUUGGAUGCUAUGGAACUCACCAGCAGGAGAAAAGAUUUGUAGGCAGAGAUUUCCCUGGUGUGGUGGCAAGCUCCACCACUGUUGCUGUACAGUGUACACCCAAAACAGGGUGUUCUAGGGAGUGUGAGAGGCAGCCUUAGAUCCACUGGUUGCAAAGCCUCUUCUGACAUGCCCUCAAAAAGGCCAAAAAACCUAUACCAGCCCUGGAGCUUGCAUAGUCAUGUCCUCUCACAUUAGUGUCGAUGGGAGGGAAAAAAUGCCCAGUGGGGAAGAAAAGGAAAAUAUUCGUCCCCUUUUGCCAUUGCUGGCUUCUCUGCCACAAAAUUCUCUCUCCCGUCCUGGCUUUUUAGGAUUGCCCUGUACGUGGCAAAAACACACACAGAGGGCUACCAUUGGCUUAGGGCACAAUCCAACUCAUACUUAUGCUGGGCUGAGGCGAGUUGGCUAUGGUGGACCCUUGGCUGAAAUGGCAGGGUCUGGGCUCUGCUGGCAGAAGCCCCUCUGCCGUGGUGGAGCUGGGAACCUGCCAGCUCAGCCAGGGGUCAACGCCAUGUGAGGCCUGAAAAAGGGGUGUUCUAGGAGCAUGUCAGAGGAGGACCUGGGGGGGGGACUUAUGCCACAUCCAACUCCUGUUCAGAGCUCUUCUGCAGGUUCCAAUCCAGGCCAAAGUAACACCAAGAAAAAGGUUGGUCUAAGAAAAUAAUUCUAAUGGAAGUCAAUGGGAAGCACUUACUCACUGGUAGGGGUAUUCAUGGGAGGCAGUUUUUUCUUUUAUGUUUGUGCGUGCAACUCCUGCCUGAGCUGGCAUUUAGCCGGCUCAGCAGCUCCCGAAUGGGAAAUGGAUGCUGCGGAGCUUCCUGCCGGUUCCUCCUCCUCCAGCACACGUUCCACCAGCUUCCUAUGAGUUGGUUUACUCUCCCCAGCGCUUCUUUGAAUGUGGCCAUUGCAAAAGAUGCUGGCCAAUGUAAUGGUGAAAAGUAAGGCCCAAGCAAAAUCUAUUCUGAUUGCAGAUCUUUAUUUUGUAUUAAUUUAUACUACCAGUAUUAAAUAUUUACACAAAUAAAUUAAAACUUGAAAGUGUUAUAUACUACUAGUUUGUACUAGGUUUUUCAGGAAAAUGAAACAAAUUUAUAUAUGUGUGUGUUUGUGUGUGUAUAUAUCUGCAAUAUAUUUUUACACAAUUUAUUAAUGCUAGAAACUUAAAUGCAUUAUCUAUCACUUUAUCUGUGUGAACGUUGAAGCUAUGACAAACGGUCAGAUUUUGAAAACUUCUGCAAGUUGUGUUUCUAUUUUCUAAAACCCACAUUAACUAUGGAAAAUGGCUUCUAUCAAGUAAACAUUCUUCAUUAAUCAGAAACAUUCAAAUUCAGCAGUUGUCCAAAUAGUGCUGUAAACUGCUAAGCUUGAAAAUAGACCAGUUAGCUUUCAUAUUGCUUUUUAUCUUUGUUGUUUAAAUACUAUCAUUCAGUAAUAUAUAUUAUUGCUG